GCCGAGACCGCCGGGGGCUGGAAUUCCAUUGGAAGCAAAGUGAGGCGAGCAAGGGUUCGAGCGAGAAGACCUUGUAAAAAAAAUCCAUUUUUCCUACGGCCCCGUGCGAAAGAAGCGACUUCCGUGGCUCGUCCACCAAACGUCCGCCGGAUUGUUUCUUGGCUCAAGCACUCGUUGGUGGAUUUCUUUCUUUCUUUCUUUUUUUUUUUCUUUGCCGUUUAUUCUGACCUCCGCCCGUGCCUCCGCUUUCAGCCCUUCACUCGCACGUCGCCUCUGCCCCACCGCCCCCACCCCUCCCGGGGAGCGCAGGGGAAUCGGACCCGCGGGGACUCGCGCCUUCCGGGACGAGCGGAGCGGAGGUCUGCGCUCAGGACGGAGCUGCUGGCGUGCACCGACCACACACACAUCGUACACGCACACCGUUUCUGUUAGCCGGGAAGUGGGGCGCCGAGAGGCAGCCCACCGCCCUCUUUCCACCCCACUCCCUCCAGCCCGAGGCGAGAACCGAAGGACUCCGGAUCUUCGCCCGGUGGACUGCCUGGGAUCUCCGCAUUGGAUUCGGGGCUGACUAUCCCCGCUUGGCUAUUAGUAUUCUUGUGGUCCUUACUCAUUUUUAAUCCGAGGGAGAAGGAAAAGGAGAAGCACCGUGGGAUUUAUUUAACAUGAUCUUGGCAAACGUCUUCGGCUUCUUCUUCUUUUUAGACGAGACACUCCGCUCUUUGGCCAGCCCUUCCUCCCUGCAGGGCCCCGAGCUCCACGGCUGGCGCCCCCCAGUGGACUGUGUCCGGGCCAAUGAGCUGUGCGCAGCUGAAUCCAACUGCAGCUCCCGCUACCGUACACUGCGGCAGUGCCUGGCAGGCCGGGACCGCAACACCAUGCUGGCCAACAAGGAGUGCCAGGCAGCCCUGGAGGUCCUGCAGGAGAGUCCACUGUAUGACUGCCGCUGCAAGCGGGGCAUGAAGAAGGAGGUGCAGUGCUUGCAGAUCUACUGGAGCAUCCACCUGGGGCUGACCGAGGGUGAGGAGUUUUACGAAGCCUCACCGUAUGAGCCGGUCACCUCCCGCCUCUCAGACAUCUUCAGGCUUGCCUCAAUCUUCUCAGGGACAGGGGCAGACCCGGUGGUCAGCGCCAAGAGCAACCACUGCCUGGACGCUGCCAAGGCCUGCAACCUGAAUGACAACUGCAAGAAGCUGCGCUCCUCCUACAUCUCCAUUUGCAACCGCGAUCUCUCGACCACGGAGCGCUGCAACCGCCGCAAGUGCCACAAGGCCCUGCGCCAGUUCUUUGACCGGGUGCCCAGCGAGUACACCUACCGCAUGCUCUUCUGCUCCUGCCAAGACCAGGCAUGUGCUGAGCGCCGCCGGCAGACCAUCGUGCCCAGCUGCUCCUACGAGGAAAAGGAGAAACCCAACUGCCUGGACCUCCGCAGUGUGUGCCGGACCGACCACCUGUGCAGGUCCCGGCUGGCAGACUUCCACACCAAUUGUCGAGCCUCCUACCAGACACUCACCAGCUGCCCUGCGGACAAUUACCAGGCAUGUCUGGGCUCCUACGCUGGUAUGAUUGGAUUUGACAUGACACCCAACUAUGUGGACUCCAGCCCCAGUGGGAUUGUGGUGUCCCCAUGGUGCAGCUGUCGUGGGAGUGGUAACAUGGAGGAGGAGUGUGAGAAGUUCCUCAGGGACUUCACUGAGAACCCAUGCCUCCGGAAUGCCAUCCAGGCCUUUGGCAAUGGCACAGAUGUGAACCUGUCCCCGAAGAACCCCUCAUUCCAGGCCACCCAGACCCCUCAGGUGGAGAAGAUUCCUUCUUUGCCAGAUGACCUCAGUGAUAGCACCAACCUGGGGACCAGUGUCAUCACUACCUGCACUUCUGUCCAGGAGCAGGGCUCGAAGGCCAAUAACUCCAAAGAGUUAAGCAUGUGCUUCACAGAGCUCACGACAAACAUCAUCCCAGGGAGCAACAAGGUGAUCAGACCUAACUCAGGCCUCAGCAGAGCCAGACCGACGGCUGCCUUGACCUUGCUCUCCUUGCUGAUGCUAACGCUGGCCUUGUAGGCCCUGGGAACUGCGCUGGAAGAUUUCUGGAAGCUUCACAAAUAAGAGACACCCGCCAGACAAAAUGGAAACAUACACAGAUGUGCACUCUCUCUCUCUCUCUCUCUCUCUCUCUCUCUCUCUCACACACACACACACACACACACACACACUCACACACACACAUGUACACAUACACCUUGCAAAAAAAAAAAAAAGAUUUUUUUCUUCACCUUGUCUUUGAACUUGCCUCCUCCCAGGUUUCUUCUCUGGAGAAGUUUUUCUAAACCAAACAGAUGAGCAGGUGGGCAGCCUGAGAGCAGGGGCCCCUAAGCUCCCCAGGCAAGGGAAACCAGCACCUCGGAGGGUGAGAAGGUCCAGCCAGGCCCUUCCUUUCUCCCCGUGACUCCUCUCGGGACCCUUCUGAAGCAAGAGCUCACAGUGUGACCCAGAAGCCUAAUGGACUACGGCUGUGCCGGACUCAGGCUGGGGGCAGGACAGUGCGGCUGCUUCCCACACUUGGCCCACUCUGCAGAGCUGCCAGGGUGGGCAGAGGGGAGUGGGCAGCAGGGCCAGGAGGCUGGCCCCUGGGGGUUCCAGAUGGACUCUCUGGUACCUCCUCUUAGCUGCAAGGAGGGAGUUGGGUCCACCCUCCUCUCGGCGCUCCCUCGACCGGGCAGUGCAGGUUCUCUGUGGAGCCCUGUGGGUGCCUGUGGGGGGAUGUGGCCAUGGGCUCCCCCUGACCAUCGUGUAGGGGAGGCAGCCCCACCACAGCUCACCUUGGGAGCUCUGCCCCACUGGGGGUGGGUGGCCCAUGGUGGGAGGUAGCCAAACUUGGGCACCUGCUCAAGAGCGCCUCUCCCCUUCUUGGUGGCAAGGAUUUGGCCAUCAAAGAGACAUGAUGGGGUUUUUCGGGCUUUUGUGGUUGUGAAUGGGUCCAUUUGGAAGGUCUGCUUCAGGGAGAAGGGCCACUGAAAGGGGCAGAGGAGACCACCUGGAUGCUGGUCUCUGGCGCGCGCUCUCUCCCUCUCCUCCUGCCUCCUCUCGUUCCUGUUCUCCUUCCUCAUUUCCAGGACAUCCAUCAACUGGAUGUACAUAGCAAGGCUCUUUUCCCAGCAUAUAUGUAUAUACACAUCCAUAUACAUAUAUUGUGUGCUCUACCCGUUCUUCCUUUUUUUAGGAAACACAACUAUCGAACUACUACCCUCCCCCUCCCCCCACAGAUGAGCGAAAAUGUAUUAAUGUAAAGUUUAUUUUUUUUAAUAAUAAUGUUGUCUAUAAUGGGGAACAAAAAAAACAAAAGGAACCGACUCCCUUGUGUGCCCCCUUCUGUGGGGGCGGCUGGGCUAUGGAAGGGGCUCACUGAUCAGUAUUCUCGCUUAACAAAGACUCCAAUAAACGUACAAGGAAGCUCUUUGCCUUCG